AUGCUCGUCUACUUCCUCGCAAUGAGAUGGGGCGAAGCCGAGAGCUCCAUGGUCCAGCAUGUUCCCCGUCCAUCUUGUGCGACGAGUCCGGGUGAGGUCGUGCGCUUGCGCGGAGGAUCCAUGUCAGAUCGCUGGCUCGACUCCGCAGCAGAGUUCUGGGACAUCCACACGGUGCCGGAUGACCUCGAGAGCACGCUCACCAUGCUCAUGAACCGAGAGCCGCCCUUCAUCAUGAUAGAGCUGUGGGGAGCGAGCGGAGGACAGUUCAGAACCACGUACGACAUGGCCGGCAACGACGUCGUUACCGUCUGGCCCCAGGGGUAUACCGGCAAUCUGACCGAAUGGGACAACGAGACCCUGGCAGAGGAGAUGAAGAAGCUCUCCUUUGCCAAGCCUAUAGGGAGCAACCCGUUUGAGAUAGGGAGCUGGGUGUUUCGACCGAAGGGCCCUCACAUCCUCCUAACGAACAAGCAACAGCAGGACUUCGAGAUCUACCUGACCAGCAAGGGCUUCGUCUUCUUCGAUAGCAGCGGCUACGCCCUAGUCAAUCAAGAGAUCUACUUUGAUACAGACUAA